AUACCGGCCGGCUAAUACAUAAAACGACAAUUUCAUAUAAAAUGUUCAGUUAUUCCGUUUGAAGUUUCAGUUCACUUUGUUGAAUCGUUUCGUAUUGUUCGAAUAAAUUCUAAGUGUUUAGUGUAAACUUUUCAAUUAAUUUUUUUUUCGCUAAUCAAGUUGAAAAUUCCAAUAAUAAUUUAAAAAUGGAUUUCUAUUUUCUUUGGGGAUCAGCACCAUGCCGUUCAGUAUUGAUGACAGCUAAAGCAGUUGGUGUUGAAUUAAAUUUAAAAGAAUUGGAUUUAAUGAAAGGUGAACACUUAAAACCUGAAUUUGUUAAGAUCAAUCCACAACAUUGUGUACCAACUUUAGUUGAUAAUGGUUUUGCAUUAUGGGAAUCACGUGCUAUUAUGAUCUAUUUAGCUGAAAAAUAUGGUAAAACUGAUUCAUUAUAUCCAAAAUGUCCAAAAAAACGUGCAUUAAUCAAUCAAAGAUUAUUCUUUGAUAUGGGAACAUUAUAUCAACGUUUUGCUGAUUAUUAUUAUCCACAAGUUUUUGCUAAACAACCAGCAAAUGAAGAUAAUUAUAAAAAAAUGGAAGAUGGUAUGAAAUUUUUGGAUAUAUUCUUAGAAGGUCAAACAUAUGCUGCUGGUGAUAGCUUAACAUUAGCUGAUUUGGCAUUAUUAGCAAGUGUUUCAUCAUAUGAAGUUGCAAAUUAUGAUUUAACAAAACAUAAGAAUGUCAUGAAAUGGUAUGAACAUUGUAAAUCUGUUGCACCCGGUUAUGAUUUAAAUCAAAAAGGUGUUGAACAUUUCAAGAGAUUCUUUAGUAAUUAAGAACUGAAAAAGAAAAAAAAAACUAAAUUUACAUAUUUUGUAUUGUAUACAUUUUUUUUUUAAUUUAUUUAAAAAAGAAAAAAAAAAUGUUUUUUUUUUUUUUUUUUAAUUUUAAACCUUGUAACUUGGUGCAUUUUUUCAUAAUAUUUGAAAUAAAAUCAUAAAAACAAACAUAA